AUGUCCGGUUGUUGCAGUGACCAGGAAAUCAAAUGCCUCAGUCACUUUCCAAUUGUUUUCCACUACGUGGGACCUGAGAUGUACCUCAUCAAGUAUUUAGAGAGAGGAAAUUUUCAAAGUGUGUGUGUGGGCGGUCCCGAGAAGUGCGAACUUCUUAAGCAAAACUUUCUUUUCCAGCAACAUUUGCAUCAUUUGGAACUGCAACAUCGAAAAGAAGGCACAUCUUGCUACUUCUCUCCAAGAAGACGAUAUCAGGCCGGUUUUACUAGAAGGAACAACAACAACAACAUUAAUAACAAUAAUAAUAAUAAUGAUGAUGAUGAUGAUGGCAGUUAUUACAUUCGUGAGCGUUUAGUGUCGAUGGCCCAUGAAGAUGGCCUUCUAAAAUUCAACGGGACGAUAUUGAACGAGGAUAAUAUGAAGAAGAUGAAACUAUGA